AUGGUUGUGGCAGGAAGAAUUGUGAUACUUCCUCACGCCGAGGAGGUAGGACUGCGCCACGGGUCAGCGCUGGCUACCAUCACCUCCACCACAGGGCGCCUGAACCUCGUCGUGCCGGACCGUCGCGGCGAGGAGAACAGGGAAGCAGUCUCGUACGACAGGAGUAAUGGGUGCGACGGCACGGAGAAGUGUUCCACGACAUCCGCGAGCACCAACAGACCCCCGAAGCAGCACUGCUCCCAAGCCACCUCCCCACCGGAGAUGAGUGCCGUCAGUGCGCACUGCCGCGCCACCGCAAUGAGGCGCGACACCUACGAGUUUCACGACAUGUUUGGAUUUUGCGUUACGGAGGCGGAGAAGGCUGCGGAGGACUACGAGCGCCGCAAGAAAGGCUACAGCGGCGUUUAUCUGGCUAGGUGGCAGUACAUGAUCACCUGCUGGGACAACGUGAAGCAUGACACGCUGAAGAAGUACUGCAGACGUGGAGUGCCCCAACCGAUGCGGUGCAUUGUCUGGCAGCAUCUGCUGCGGAGUUGGGGAAUGAGGGAGCGUUUCCCGGGUACGUACAUGCGCCUCCGCAGUCAGCCGCUCGACUCGAAGGACAUAGAGGAUGUCAUCGCGCGCGACCUCCAUCGCACCUUUCCCACGAACCGCCUUUUCCGUGAGGGUGAGUCGGGACAGGGACUGGAGAUGCUGCGCGGCAUUCUGCAUGCCUACGCGAACUACAACACCGGUGUAGGGUACUGCCAAGGCAUGGGCUUCCUCGCAGCCACCCUGAUCCUUCAGGUGGAGGAGGAGGAGGACGCCUUUUGGGCCUUUGUCGCUCUUAUGGAGGACGAGAGGUACAUGAAGGGGGUCUUCUCACAUAACUUUCCGCAGCUGCAGUGUGCUUUUCACGUCUUUGAGGUGCUGAUGCGCCAGACGAUGCCGAAGCUCUAUGCCCACCUGCACGAUAGGCAUCAGAUACAACCAUACCUCUACGCCGUGCACUGGUUCAUGACCAUCUUUACGUACUACUUCAACUUCGGUCUCGUGUCCCGCAUCUGGGACAUGUUUCUCUGCGAGGGGUGGAAACCAGUGUACCGUAUCGCGCUGGGACUCCUGAAGCUUGAGAAGCAGCGGUUGCUGUCGUUGAACACGGAAACUGAACUGCUCCUGGCACUCAAGAGCAUUCAGGAGUCGAAGCGCCCUGUGGAGGUGCUGAGGGCCGCGCUCAAGAUUAGCUUCAAGAGCGACUACUUGAAGGACGUAGUGGCAGAUUACAAUGCACAACCAAGGUAG